UACAGGAAAAAGUUGAUUAAAAAUCCUAGAUAGCUAGAUCCAGAUUUUAAGCAAAUUUAAAAUGGAGAAGCACACCAAUGAACUUAAUGUUUUACAGGUAGAUGAAACAAAAUCGUAUAUUGACCGUGGACGUGAAAACAAUAGCUUUCCACAAAUACCAGAUUCAAGCAACGGUUCAUGUAUAUGUCGACCAAUUGAGAAAUGGACAUCCCCUAGCGAUCUCAUUAUUGAUCUGGUAAAUUUAAAACCGCCUCUUACUUCCAAAAUAGCUAGAGGAAAAACACACAUAGGCAUUCAAUCUAUCGGCGAAACUUAUUUGGUAAAUGAAAAAGAAAUUUUUCACAAAUCAAUCAAGAAAGUAUUAAAAGACAAUGACGACAUUUGGAAAUUUAUUUUAAGAAGUGAAAUAAAAACUAUACACAAAAGAGCGAAGGAAACUUUCAAACAGAUAUUUGAACAUAAACAAAGCAUAUUAGCGGAAGAAAUGUCUAAAUUCUAUGAAAAAACACUAGCCGAAUUGGAGCAACAUGUAAAAUCAGAAGCAAAAACUAUAGCAUAUAGUUUUCAGACUAGUUUGCUAGACCAACUUAAUAGCAAAAUUGAAGAAAGAUUAAAAUGUGAAGGAGUAGAUCUAGACAAAGAAUUAAAUGAAGAGUUAAAUGCUGAACUUAACAAAAUUAGAAAUUAUUACGACAUUCUACUUAAAAAUGAGAUGUAUAACUAUACUAAAUUGAAAAAUAAAGCAAUUCAAGAAAGAAACGAUGCAGUUUUAUCAUUUUAUAGACAAAUCGAAUCGGAAAGAUUAACAAGUACUAUGUAUGUAUUGAGUUCUGAGCGAAAAAAGUGCAAAGUGAAAAAAAUUAUGUUGGAAAAUAUCCAAUACGAGGAAAUUAUAAAUACUCUGAAUAUUUUUGUGCAAAAAGAUAUUUUAUUGGAUGAUUUAGUCAAAGAAAAUGAAAUACUUCCUAUUUUAAAUAAAAAAUGGCAAGAUCAGGUAGUUAAAAUCUUUAGAUUGUUUCUAAAAUUUAUAGGUUUUAGCCUGAAUAUAUUACCUGAGCAGACUUCGUUUUUACUGGACUUUGAAAAAAUGGUAAUAUUACAGCUGAACGAAUUUCAAAAACAACCUUACAAUCCGUCUCAAAUGUUAAUUGAUAAAGAAGAUCAUGAUAAUAUGUUCGAAUUUAAUGAACAACAAUCAGUACAAUCUGUAUGUGAGGAAGCACCAUUCCAAAUAGCUGGUAGGUUAGAAUCUCCUUUUUCACUUUUCCUUAACUAUGGAAGUAGGGAAACGAUAGGAGGUGAGGCAGAUUAUCCAUAUUUUAGAGUACAGAGGAAAUAUGUUUACGCCAAAUGUCAUGGUUUUGAAAAAAUUAAAGAAUUGCUUGGUGCUAACUUAUGCAGAUUUGCAAGUAAGGAAGUAGAAACGAUAUUUAGCCCUUUAAGCAAUUUUGAAGCCAAAGAUAAGAAAGAAUAUUUGGAUUCAAGAAUUGAUUCAUCGGUUACUUCAUCAAAAAGCACUUCCAUUCAUAUGGAACCUGACUUGAACAAAGUUAAUACUAUAAGGGAAUGUCCAAAUAACUGUGGGAAAUUAAAUAGAGUUCAUGACUUUUUCGACCUCAAUUCAUUUUUAGAAUACAAUGAUAAAAAUUAUGAAAAUUUAAUAUCUGGUUUUGGCGAACAACAGCCUGAAUUGAUUGACUCGACAAGAAUCAAAGUUAUUUUAUUUAAUGAUAUAGCGUUUCCUGCAGUAGAGGAAGAUUUUAAGACUGUAGGGGUCCAAUGUGAAAAUGAUGUUGAUCAUAAAAAUAGUGCAAUAUUAUGCGACUGUACUGAAACCGAUAAUUGUGACAAUACUUCCAAAGGUUGUAAAAUUCAUGACGUACUUUUAAAACGAGAACUUUCUUUGAAAAAACUACUUAAAAGCAAUCCGAAGUUAUUUAGCACUUUAUUUUCUGACGAGUCUUAUAACUGUAAAGUCUAGUUUUAGAUUUGUGAUGAAGCAACUUUUGUGUGAUUAUUAUUUUUUUAGUAGGUAUAUAUUGCUGUCACGACUGCAGACUGUGACAUAUAA